GCCAGCUGAUUGAAAAUGGAGAUCAGUCGAUGGCAAAGAUCCGUCCCGUGUAGACGUGCAGCUCCGUGGUCGGGAAAUGUGCUUGAUUUGGUAACUGUAAACAUGUAUCGUGUGGGAAACAGUCAGAGUAGAAUAACAUGCGCGCUUGCGGUGUUACUGAGCAUCAUCAGCAGUACUUACAGCUUGCAUUUGAAAGGCGUAUGGAACACGGAGGAUGAGUUUUUCCAUUUCCUUGCAAAAUUCGGCUUCCAAAAAACGACUCCCCACGAAAGAGAACUUACCGAGGGCUUUAUCUUCGGAAAUGUAACGUCUUUGGGUAGCAGUGUGGCUCCUGGCGGCCAAGGGAUGCUGGUGCUCCUCCCGAGACAGUAUUUCGUGGACUUCUACAGGAACAGAACCAAGGCUACGACUGACCCUGACCUCGCUUGCCAACUCAUGUUCAAGGUUCUGGUACCUGAGCCUGGUCGCAUGUGUCCGCAACUCCUCUUGCUCCUGGCAGCAUGUACGUAAACCUGUGAGAAUGGAGUAUGAUAUAAAUAUUGUCAAUGGCAAUCCUAAUGGUGCAGACCACAACCCUUUUGAGUACCACUUCUCUUUUGACAAGCAGGACACGGUAGAAAUAUAUCUGGUAUGUGUGGUACUCUAUGGCUUUUUGUUGGUGCCACUACAGGUGUAUGCAGCAUGUCGCCAGAUCCACCCCAUCACCCGUCUGUUCACAGCCACCCUCAUCAUGCAACUUGCAGGCCUUCUCUUUGAUACGUUGCACCUGCUAGUGUUUUCUUUUGAUGGGGAAGGCAGUGAAGGGGUGAACAUCGUGGGUGACCUCUUCAACAUUUUAGCACAGUCAUUGUUCAUGAUGUUACUACUGCUGCUGGCCAAAGGAUGGGCUAUCACACGCAUGAUGCUAACUCAGCGUCUCCUCUUGUUCUCACUCUGGGCACUCUACUCCAUCCUAAUCCUCACACUUUACUUCUGGAAUAUGAUGGAGGUAGAUGUAAUAGAGGACAUAGACGAGUAUCAGACGUGGCCAGGAUGGUUAACCUUGGCCUUGCGCGUACUUAUAAUGAUAUGGUUCCUGGUUGAACUGCGCAACACGAUGACCUAUGAGCAUAAUUCCAACAAACUUCACUUCUUCUUGCACUUUGGGGCUGCUUCUCUUGUCUGGUUCAUUUACUUACCUGUUGUGGCUCUGAUUGCUCUACAGGUUUCCCCACUUUGGAGAUACAAGCUCUUGUUAGGUUUCACAUACUCAGCUGAUUUACUAGCCCACUCAUUCAUGACCUAUAUGUUGUGGCCUGAGCGAUCAGAGCAGUAUCUUCUCCUUGCGCACGAAGCAGACCUCUCAGAUGAACUGGAUGAGUUCAAUGAAGCACCACACAUCAUCAACCACUCCUCACCAUCACUCCUCACCCCAAUGUUUGACUAUGACACUGAACCACUCAAGAUCAACACCUGAAAGCCAGAGAGAACACAUGGUGCCAAAGUAACUUGUAUAGUGUUACAGUUGCCAGUAGAAUAGAGAUAUUUUUUAGCUGUAUCUUCUGAAAUUAUCCUGCGUUAUAAGCAGAUGGUUAGUAAUAAGAUAUAUAGUUGAAUUCCUUCAUUCACAGAAGAAGAUGUUGCACACACCAUGCAGUCACAGAGUAUUAUUUUGUUGUUUCUCAUUCCUUUGUUGUACUGCUAAACAGAUUCUCAAGACAUUUGUCUUUUGUGCACUGGUUGUAAGAUACAGUAUUUACUAUAGACCAAAGAAAUGUAUAGAUUGGCUCUGAGAGAGUGCAUAUGAGUAUUUUUUUCUUCAAGAAGAAAAGGAGUAUAUAUAUUGAGAUCAUAAAGUCUUAUUUUCUAGAUUGUUUAGGACCACUAUAUGUAUAUUUGUUUUUAGUAGGUCCCUCCACAUUUUCUGUGGAAGAAAGUAAACUAUGUAAAAAAAAAUCUUUUGUUGAUAUACUGCUGUACUAUGGUACUAUAUUUAUUUCAGUUAUUCAUAUAGCAUCCACUUCUGUGGGGGAAUGAUAUGAUUUGUGAUAUUUGAAUUAUUAAUGUUACUCAAAUAAGGUAAUAUUAUUGUUAUAUGAUUUUGCUGUUAUGUUCAAUUAAGAAGAGAUUUAGUUUUUCAGAAAAAUGUACUUACUGUUCAGAUAUUUUUUAUUUGUCAUUAAAAAAUGAUCACAAGGAUGGUCUUGUAUUACAUAUUAUACAUGGAUGUGUAAAUCUGGUAUUUUGAUAUUUUGUUUAAAUGGAAAAUUUGUGUACUUUUC